AUGGUCAACUGGCAUUACGAUAGUGCAGGCUUUUUAGUCUGCUGAGGAAUCACAGAGGUGGCUUGUAUUCUAGCCCUGAUAAUGUUAUUCAUCAACAUGCGUAAGCACUAUUAUGCCGAGUACUCCGCCGAGUCUAAAGUUGCUAUGUUCAUCUCAUUUGUAACAUUGGGGGUGAUCCUGGUCUUGAUCAUGAUUGCUUCUCCAGUCUACAAAGGCGCCAGUGUAUUCCUGAUCGUCAUCAACAUCCUGAACAGUUUGUUCAUCCUUUCGUUCUACUUGUUGGUGUCUGAGAAGCUGACAUUUUACUUGUGGAAGUUCUGCACAGAGUAUCCAGCCAUGAAGAGGAGGAUCGUUCAGGAAAGGAUUCCUUGACAGAAAAUGUUCAAAUAUCAAUAUCCCAUGACAGAGCUAGAAGUCUUUGACAGACUUGAGAUCAGGAACUAUUUCAUGAAAUACUGUUACCUGCUCGAAGGAAGAAGUCGAGCUCUGUAUUUUUGCUCCUUCAACAUCAAGACUUAUGCUGAAGCGCAUAGUUUUGUGAGAGAAAGUAUGAUAAUUCUCUUUAUCUACAUUACAACGGUUCCGAUUGCGAUGAUUGUGGAGGUUGGUAUAGGAGCUGCCAACCCGACUGGAUCUGGAGAGCUUUCCUUUAAAUCUUCAAUUAGGAUCUACAUUAUGGUUAUAACAACGAUAGCUUCUGUGUGCCUGAGGAACUUCUGAAGUAGUUUCAGUAGAAUAUUACCUUUCAACAACUUCGGGAUAAUUCUGAUGAGCUUGGCACAAAUCAAGCUCUUCUUUGAUUUUUCAGGAUCCAUUCUGAAAGCAUCAGCAUGGAGACUUGGUGAGAUAAAUGAGCUUGAUACGUACAGGUUAAUCUUCAUGUCUACUUUCGCAGUGUUCUGACUGGUUAUAACUGUUGUCCAGUACUUCAAGCUUGAUCCACAGAGUUUGGUCCUAGAUUUUGGAACUUCAAUGACUAUAGAUUUUACUUGGCAUGACAGAGACCACCAGCUGAAAAAUACUCAUUCUGAUUGAGACCAAUCCUGGAUGAGUGCACCUAGCUCGCCAGCUAAGUUUAGAAGGCUCCAAGACAGAGGGGCAUUUGUAGAUUUGUCCGAUCAGCAAGAAACUCCACCUGAGCAAUCUUUCUAUAGAGAUAACUUAUGGACAUUUAGCAACAAGAGUUCCAUAUCUGAAUGCAAUGGCCCAAUAGAGCUUGGCAAUAGGUGCUCUCAGCCUCUGUUGAAUAUCGAUUUUGGUGAGUCUAAACAAUAA